UACUUUCUUCUGCAGCUUAUUUUCAAUGCUAUUUGAUGCUACAUCCACAUCUCUCCCGGCUUCCGUUCCUCGCUGCUAUCCGGGCCAGGUUUUCACGCAGCGCCGCCACUUGCCGGAGCCCGUGGAUUGGCUGAAGGAGCAAGGUAACCCGCAGAGACUGCUCCUCCGUCCUCCGCUCUCAGUCCCGUCAGCGCGGCGCACAGGCUCAGCACAGAGACGCGCGCGCUCACAUCUCCCCACACGCGUGGACAGACUCCACAGAGAGGGUGGUACACUCGACUUUAUGAAGGAGCAUGAAUUUUCCUUCAAGAGAUCGACCUCACAAGUCAAGAGAGACCCCUGUGUUUUGAAAGAGGGGGUGCUGGACGCAGAUUUGGAUGCCACAUCUGUCCUGACGGAGGGGCGAUGCAGCCAGCUUCUGAUCCAUAAACUAUCACAUGUUUGCGAAAACACACAGCGCCGGAUAUACUCUGCGCAAAGCCACAUUUUGGACCGCCAAGGGGUGUAGUUGCGCCACAGCGCGUUUGUUUGCGUUCUGUCGGACUUGCCCGAAAGCGCAGUUUGACUCCUUGAUCACCGACGGGUGCGCAACCUGACCGAGAAGACGCAAAAAACAAGAGCGCCGAGAUCCUCGUCUGAGAUGCCGACCUCAUUCUGGCUCCUGCUCUUUCUCUUGUUGGACAUCGCAGUGGCUCAAGUUGACGAUGACUUCAUUGGUCUCGGUGAGCUGCCAGAAACCUUUCCCUCAGACCCCCCAGAGCCCCUGCCUGUGUUUUUGAUGGAGCCAGAAGAGGCCUACAUUGUCAAGAACAAGCCGGUUAACCUUUACUGCAAAGCCACGCCCGCUACCCAGAUCUACUUCAAGUGCAACAGCGAAUGGGUUCACCAGAAGGAGCACACGGUGGAGGAAAGGGUUGAUGAGAACUCCGGUCUGGUCGUCAGAGAGGCCAGUAUAGAGAUUACUCGGCAGCAGGUGGAGGAGUUGUUCGGGCCAGAGGACUUCUGGUGCCAGUGUGUGGCCUGGAGCUCUGCUGGCACCACCAAGAGCCGUAAAGCCCACGUGCGCAUUGCCUACUUGAGGAAGCCCUUCGAUCAGGAGCCUCUGGGGAAGGAAGUGUCCAUCGAACAGGAAGUGUUGCUGCAGUGUCGCCCACCUGAAGGCAUCCCCCCAGCAGAGGUGGAGUGGUUGAAGAACGACGAGAUUAUUGAUCCAGCAGAAGACAGGAACUUUUACAUCACGAUCGACCACAACCUGAUAAUCAAACAGGCCCGUCUCUCUGAUACCGCCAACUAUACCUGUGUGGCAAAGAAUAUCGUGGCCAAGAGAUACAGCACCACCGCAACGGUUAUCGUUUACGUGAACGGUGGAUGGUCAACGUGGACGGAGUGGUCGGUGUGCAACAGCCGUUGUGGACGUGGUUACCAGAAACGCACGCGCAGCUGCACUAACCCUGCGCCUCUCAACGGAGGCGCCAUCUGUGAAGGGCAAGGCAUCCAGAAACUGCCCUGUAAUCCUCUCUGCCCAGUGGAUGGCCUGUGGACAGAGUGGAGUAAGUGGUCCACAUGUGGGACAGAGUGCACCCACUGGAGGAGGAGAGAUUGCGGCGCACCGGCUCCCAAAAAUGGAGGGAAGGACUGUGAGGGCACGGUGCUCCAGUCUAAGAAUUGCACGGAUGGGCUGUGCAUGCAGAGUUCCUUGAAUCCGAAGUCUUCUGAGGCAAAGGGCAAGAAUGAUUUGGGGAGUUCAUUGGCUCCCAGUACAGACGACGUCGCUCUAUAUGUGGGGAUCGUCAUCGCGGUCAUCAUGUGCCUGGUCAUCUCUGUCGUCGUGGCGCUCUUUGUCUACAGGAGGAACCACCGGGACUUCAGCUCCGACAUCCUCGACUCCUCCGCCCUCAACGGAGGCUUCCAACCAGUCAGCAUAAAGACCGCCCGCAAAGCUGAUCUCCUAACGGCGCCGCCUGACCUGACCUCAGCGGCCGCCAUGUACCGCGGCCCGGUUUACGCCCUCCACGACGUGGCCGACAAAAUCCCCAUGACAAACUCGCCUCUCCUGGAGCCUCUCCCCAACCUGAAGAUUAAGGUUUACAACUCCUCAGGUUUAGUGACCCCACAGGAUGACCUCGGGGGAGAAUUUUCCUCCAAACUGUCGCCUAAGCUGCCACACUGCCUGCUGGACAACAGCGACAGCACGAUGGGCCGCCGCACACAGAGCCAGACUUUGCUGCGCACAAGAGAUCCAUCUUGCACCGCUUUGGGCUCCUUCAGCUCCCAGGGUGGACAACUUAUUGUGCCUAACUCAGGGGUGAGUCUACUAAUUCCAGCAGGAGCCGUUCCUCAGGGCAGAGUCUAUGAGAUGUAUGUGACAGUUCAGAGAAAGGAGAACCUGAGGCCUUCGGUGGAAGAUGGACAAACAGUUCUGAGCCCUGUGGUGAGUUGUGGGCCUCCGGGUGCUCUGCUGACCCGACCUGUCGUCAUCACGAUGCACCACUGCGCUGUGUGUGACGGCCAACAGGACUGGCUAAUCCAGCUCAAGAGUCAGUCGCAACAGAACCAGUGGGAGGAUGUGGUGGUUGUAGGAGAGGAGAAUUUCACCACGCCGUGCUACGUCCAAAUGGACGACGAGGCGUGCCACAUCCUGACAGAGACCCUGGGUACGUACUGCCUGGUGGGGCAGUCGCUCAGCGCAGCCACUAUCAAGCGGCUCAAACUCGCCAUCUUUGGUCCUGUGACCUGUGCCGCCAUGGAGUAUCACAUCAGAGUCUACUGCCUGGACGACACGCAGGAUGCUCUCAAGGAAGUGCUUCAAAUGGAGAAACAAAUGGGUGGAAAAUUGCUGGAUGAACCAAAGACUCUCAGCUUCAAAGACAGCACUCACAACCUGAGACUUUCCAUCCAUGACGUCCCCCACAUGUUGUGGAAGAGCAAACUACUAGCCAAAUACCAGGAGCUGUCUUUUCAGCAGGUAUGGAGCGGUUCACAGAGGAACCUCCACUGCUGCUUCACUCUGGAGCGCUUCUCCAGCAGCACGGUGGAUCUCACCUGUAAGAUUUGUGUGCGGCAAGUAGAAGGAGAAGGCCAGAUCUUUCAGCUGGACACAACACUGUCCGAGGAUUCCCAGAGCAUCGACACCUCCCUGCUGGACCCUGCGAGUAACAUCACGACACUGGUGGGACCAAACGCCUUCCGCAUCCCUGUCUCCAUUCGGCAGAAGCUGUGCAGCAGCCUGGAUGCGCCACAGACCAGAGGGAAUGACUGGCGGAUGUUGGCCCACAAACUCAACCUUGACAGGUAUCUAAACUACUUUGCAACUAAAUCCAGUCCUACGGGAGUCAUCCUGGACUUGUGGGAGGCCCAGCAUUUUCCUGACGGGAACCUAAGUCGCCUUGCCCAAGUCUUGGAAGAGAUGGGACGCCAUGACAGCCUUGUUCCUGCAGUGAUUGAGCACUGACACCUGUCCAUCCCAGUUUGUAAUAUUCCAGAGGAAUAAGAUGUGAAAGGAAAAAAAAAAAAGACGGGCAAAGAGGGAGGGCUCCUCUUUUUGGAAGGAAAAAAAAACAGAGAAGACAGUUAUUUGGCAUUUCAACGAUGCUCUUUAACACUCAGAAAUGCUGCCUGAGUGUACACUCAAAGUAGAAAGAUGAUAGGAAAAAGCCAGGUCUGCUCAGCCAUGACCUAGUUAAACAUUGGCACCACCGGCAGAUGUAAAAAUCUUGAGAGUAAACCGUCUUUGCCAGUCAUUUCUCUGGCUAUUCCUCCCCUCUCUGGUACAAACCAUUUGAUAUUUUUGGCUCUGGUUUCCUUGGAAACGGCUGUUUGGUGAUUUGGACGGACUGUGCAGAUGUGACUGAUGCCCUCACAGCGUAAAAGUGUUAAAGACACACUAUGAAAGGUCAGAGGAUCAAAGCAUGAAGACUCGGAUCGGAGCGAGAAUCUCCAACUCUUCAGUUUCCAUAGCAACACCAAGGACAUAUAUGUGUUCCUUGAUGAAACCGUAUUUAAUAAAUGCCUAUUUAUACAUAUCGCCUUUUUUUUGGUUUAUGAAUACUUUGAGUGCUUUCAUUUUGCUUUAUUUUCAGUUUGUUUUUUUGUGUCCUAGCCCCACCUGGUGGACUUCUGGUGUAACAAUCCAGUUGACCACAAAAAUACGAACAAAGGGAAAUAAUGUGUGUUACUGUUGUAACUAUUAAUACAUUUUAGCCAAAUAUAAUUGAAUUUCAAUCUUUUUUUAUUAUUAACUACUUUGAUUUUGUUUAUGUUGCAUUGAUUGGUUUAAUAUGUUCUUUUAGCACCACAUCAUUGGGCUAACAGGAGAGAUCCACGCUACAAAAUGAUUGAUAAUGUCUUUACUGUUUGAUAACCUUUUCAUGCCAGCAGAGAAAGUUACUGUAAAACAAGCAAGUCUAUUUUUGUAGGAGCGGUGAAACGUAAAGGAGCUGCUUUUUACCAAAUAACUGACUGGAAAUGUUCAACUGAAUGGAGUGGUGUCGUGCUGAAAAGUCGCAUUUAUCUGUACUUUAACUUAAAGGUUGUACAUUAAAUGACAGAAGCCAUCAA